AUGCCGGUGUUCAGCUUUUUAUUAUACGUUAUUGUCGGUUUGGUGACAUAUUUGCUCUUUUUAUUGAAAAAGCGCUUAAGUUAUUGGCAGUCACGAGGCAUUCCUUGUGAAGAGCCAAAUUGGUUCCUAGGUAAUAUAACUGGCAUACAAACUUCGCGCUGUUUUGCUGAUAUAUGGAUAAGUUACUAUAAAAAGUUUAAAGGUACUGGACCAUUCGCUGGAUUCUAUUGGUUUCAGAAACCUGCCGUUUUUGUUUUGGAUACGAAACUGGCAAAAAAUAUAUUAAUUAAAGACUUUAAUAAAUUUGUGGAUCGUGGUUUUUAUUCAAAUCCUAAAGAUGAUCCACUUACUGGAGAAAUUUUUUUAUUAGAAGGACACAAAUGGCGCGUUAUGCGCAAUAAGUUAUCACCCACUUUCACUUCAGGAAAAAUGAAAUUUAUGUUUCCAACGGUAAUUGAAGUGGGUAAAGAGUUUAUAAAUGUUUUUGAAGACAUGGUGAAGCAGAGUUCCCUUAUUGAAGUGAAAGAUGUGCUGGCACGGUUUACUGUUGAUGUUAUAGGAACCUGCGCAUUCGGUAUUAACUGCUGCAGUUUACGUGACCCAAAAGCAGAGUUUUUGGCAAUGGGCAGAAAAUCAUUGGUUGAGUUUCGUCAUGGUCCCCUCGGUGUGGCAUUUCUGAAUAGUUUUCCAAACUUAGCACGCAAACUACAUAUGAAGCAGACAUUACCAGAUGUGGAAGAGUUCUUUUUACGAAUUGUACGCGAGACCGUAGAGCAUAGAGAGAAGAAUAACAUAAGACGCAACGAUUUUAUGGAUAUGUUAAUAGAACUGAAAAAUAAUAAAUUAAUGAAAUCCGAAGAUGGUGAAAUGUUAAUAAACUUGACUUUAGAAGAAGUCGCUGCGCAGGCAUUCGUGUUCCUAAUUGCUGGUUUCGAAACAUCAUCAACAACAAUGGGCUUCGCACUUUACGAGCUAGCACAACAUGAGGACAUACAGCAAAUGGCCAGAGAGGAAGUAUUAGCAAUUUUAGAGAAACACAACCAAAAGCUCACUUAUGAUUGCAUGAGGGAAAUGAAAUAUUUAGAUCAAAUUAUAUCUGAAACAUUACGUCUCUAUACUGUUUUACCGGUUUUAAAUCGCGACUGUGUGGAAGACUAUGAAGUACCCGGUAACCCGAAAUAUGUUAUUAAAAAAGGUAUGCCCAUACUUAUACCUGCUGGAGCCAUACAUCGUGAUGCUGAUUAUUAUCCAAAUCCUGAUAUAUUUGAUCCUGAAAAUUUUUCUACCGAGAAAGUGCAACAACGUGACAGCAUCGAAUAUUUACCAUUUGGAGAGGGUCCGCGUAAUUGCAUUGGCAUGCGGUUUGGACAAAUGCAAACACGUAUAGGUUUGUCUCUGCUGCUAAAAAAUUUUAAGUUCACAGUUUGUCCAGAGACGCAAAUUCCAUUGAAAUUCGAUAAGAAGAGUUAUUUGAUAAAUUCUGAGAGUGGAAUUUACUUACAGGUUGAACACAUUUAGUUCAGCUCAAACUAAUUAUUGUAGUGUGAUGUAGUCAUUAUAUUUCUUUUCUAUUUGUGGUAUUCGUAGCUAUUAAAAAUGUCUAUAUAUAUAUUAGACAUAAUAUUAUAAACAUAUUUAUAAUAUUUCGAUUGUGAUACAUUUUUUAAACUAAACGACAACUUUAACUCGUUCUGUAAGAAGCUUUAGAUUUUUUC